UCUGUAUGCUUCUGUUUUUUUCCAGCAUUGGGCAAGUAGUAAACAUCAAAGCAAAAGUGAAUCGUGCCUUUAACACAAGCUUGGAGGUUGGAGUUACAAUCAUUUGUGAAGAUCCCUUAAGUGGAACACAAUGGAAAGUCUGUAAAGCGUUUGCUACGUUUGUGGCUAAGGGAUCAGGACUUCAAAAGGUGCAGUUAAAGCCUGUGAUUCCUAGAACUUCUGAAGAACAGAUGGAAUACAGCAUCGCUGCUGAGCGGCGCCGAAUGAGGCUACACCACCUGGAAACCAUCAAAGAUCUGGUCUCCUCCUGCACAAUUCGAGAUGGUAGCCCUUUUGCCUUCUCUGCAUUACUAACCCACACACAAUCUUUAUGGGAGAAUAAGAAAUUAAUUGCAGAAUAGCAGCCUUCAUAGUUAGCAUCCAUUUAACCAAGCCGUUUCUGAAGAAGGAUCCAGACCCAAAACGUCAGCUUUCCUGCUCCUCUGAUGCUGCUUGGCCUGCUGUGUUCAUCCAGCUCUUCACCUUGUUAUCUCUCUCGCUAUCUCAGACUCUUGAUUUGAGUGAUCUACAUUGGAUUACAUAGGAUAUACAGCACUUAAUCAGGUUAUUUGGCCCAACCAGUCCAUUGCAAUUGUUUAUGUUUCACUCCAGCCUGUUUGUUUUUGAAUCAUCUAAACCUAUCCUUUUACCAUCUAAUUUUUUUUUCCUCCCUCAGUCAACUAGAUAAGUUUUCUCCAGUUUCCCCUUAAAUCUAUACUUCUCACUUCAGUGACUCCCUUAGUGGCAGGAUCAAUGUUUUCACUACUCUUUGGAUGAAGAAUUUUUUGUGAAUUUACUGUUAGAUGUCUUUGUGACAGUUGAAUGCCUGUAAUUAUGCUUGUGCCCUUAAUAAUAAAAACUCUCUGAAUCCACUUUAUCAAAACCUUUUCAUGAUUUUGGUUCUGUUAAGUCAUCCCUCAGCCUUUUAGUCAAGAGAGUAGAGCGCCAACCUGUCAAUCUCUUCCAGUCAUGUAUGUCCAGACAU